AUGUCUGAGCUCAGGAUUCUUGUCCAAGGAACUCUGAUAGCUUUGUUAUGCCUGCUUCUCUCCUUUCCACCACCAGCCACAGGCUCUCCCCUCCAUGCACUAGCUUCGAACGGGAGCUGUGUCGCAGACGAGAGGGACGCGCUUCUCUCCAUCAAGGAGAGCCUCUGGGAGCCCAGUGUCAACCUCUCGUCGUGGCAAGGUGAAGAAUGCUGCAACUGGAAAGGCGUCAGGUGCAGCUACAAAACCGGCCACGUCGUCAAGCUCAAUCUUCGUGGAAGUGCUCAAGACUGCCUCAGAUACUCUACGUAUAGAGGUGCGAUAAGCCACUCCUUGGUUACUUUACAGCAACUAAGGUAUCUAGACUUGAGCUGCAAUAACUUCAACUGGACUGAGAUACCAGACUUCAUUGGUUCUUUCCCAAGCCUUAAAUAUCUUAACCUUUCAUACAACUUGUUCUAUGGGAGAAUACCCCCGCAGAUUGGGAAUCUCUCGAAGCUUGUAUACCUUGAUCUUAAUCCCUCAAACAACAACAACCCGUUGUACUCAAGUGAUCUUCAGUGGUUAUCGCACUUGUCGUUACUAAAGCACCUCGACUUGAGCUAUAUUAACCUUACCACUGUAGUGGACUGGGUCCAUGAAAUUAACAUGCUUCCGAAUCUUAUCAAGCUUUACCUACAGCACACUGGCCUUAGAAGCACAGUUGUUGUCCUUGGCCAAUCCAAUCUUACGGCACUCGAGGUGCUUGACAUCUCAUGGAACAACUUUAACACCCCAAUUGCUUCCAACUGGUUUUGGAACUCAACGUCCCUUAGUUAUCUGAACUUGUAUGCUUGUCCCUUUUAUGGCCCUAUUCCGGAAUACAUUGGCAGCAUGGCCUCUCUUGAAGAAGUUAAUUUCGGGGGAAAUAAUCUAAUGUCCACGAUGAUACCAUCAAAUUUCAAAAAUUUAUGCAACCUGAAGAUACUGAAUCUAGCAGACAGCCAAACCUCAGGGGAUAUUAAGGAGUUGAUGGAGCGGUUACCAAACUGUACUUCGAACAAGAUGCAAAUGUUGGACUUGGGUCAAAAUAUGUUAGGUGGGGCCAUGCCCAGUAGUCCAGGACCCCUUAAAAACCUGACCUGCUUGGCCCUGCCUCACAAUAAGCUUACAGGACCUAUUCCGAAAUGGAUAUGGUCACUCACCGAAUUGCUUGUUUUGGACCUAGAAGUAAACGAGCUAAAUGGUGUAGUCACUGAAGAUCACCUAAAAAGCCUCAGAAAUUUGAAGAUCUUAAUUUUGGGCAAUACACUUCUUCAGAUCAAGGUCAGUCCGAAUUGGGUUCCUCCAUUCAAACUACAAGCAGUUCUGUUAGAUGGUCUGCAGAUAGGGCCAGCAUUCCCGUCAUGGCUUAGAUCACAGACAGGCCUUGGGCUCCUUAUGAUUGCAAAUGCAAGCAUAACUGCAAUCCCAAAUUGGGUUUGGGUUGCAUUUUCAAGGGCAGAACUUGUGGAUCUGUCCAAUAAUCAGAUAACCGGCACACUACCAGCAACAUUGGAAUUUAUGGCAGCAGAAGUAAUGGCUCUGUCCAACAACAGAUUUACCGGUACAAUUCCAAAAUUUCCAAGAAAUAUUAAAGGCAUGUACUUAUCAGUGAACUCCUUAUCAGGGACAUUGCCAUCAGAUUUUGGAGCCCCGUUAUUGCAGGAUCUUAGUCUUUAUAGCAAUUCAAUAUCAGGCCCCAUUCCAUCUUCAUUGUGCUCAUUGACACAGCUGACUCUGCUAGACCUAUCAGGCAACAAGCUGACAGGAGAAGUUCCAAAUUGCAAAGAGGAUUCUAACUCAACCAUGCAUAACCUUAAUAUGGUAAAUUUGAAUACCAACAACCUGUCAGGAGAGUUCCCAGUAGUCUUUCAAAGCUGCCCCAACCUUGUUUUUGUUGAUCUUUCAUAUAACAAAUUCUCCGGAGACCUACCUGUCUGGAUGGGCGUGAAGUUACCGUACUUAGCUCUAUUACGUCUGCGGUACAAUAUGUUUACUGGCCAAAUUCCCAUUGAAAUUGGAAAGAUUCAAGAGCUACAGUAUAUAGAUCUUGCACACAACAACUUCUCAGGAAGCAUGCCGGAAUCAUUAGUUAACUUGAGUGCAAUGGCCCGCACUUCUCAAUAUAGUUAUGUUCUUAAUAAUGCCAUCGAUCACAGACAAGGGCCUCAUCUGUACAACGGAGCAUUUGCUUAUAUCUUUUUGGGGGAAGGAGUUCCUGUUCAUACAAAAGGGCAACAACUUGAAUUUUUUUAUGAAAUCUCAGAUACGGUGGUUCUUGACUUGUCAUGUAACAGUUUAACCGGAGUGAUCCCUCCAGAGAUUGGUUCUCUUGCUGGAUUAAGAAGUCUGAACUUUUCGUGGAACAGCUUAAGUGGUGCUAUCCCUGAGAAGAUUGGUAAACUCAUGCAAUUGGAAUCUCUUGACCUGUCAAACAAUGAGCUUUCAGGCGAGAUCCCUUCAAGCAUGACUGCUCUCACCUCUCUAAGCUAUAUGAACCUGUCAUACAACACUCUGACCGGAAAGAUACCAACUGGAAAUCAAUUCCAUACUUUUGACGCAUCUGACUACAUUGGAAACAUUGGUUUAUGUGGUUACCCCUUGACGAACAACUGUACAGGAAAUAGUUCAAGUGGACCUACGCAUGCAGAUCAUGGAGAUGGAUCCAAUGAUAUAUCCUUUUACCUUGGUUUGGCUGUUGGGUAUAUCCUUGGCCUUUGGGUGGUCUUCUGUGUGAUUUUGUUUAAAAAAAGAUGGAGAAGUGCUUAUUUCAUAUUUGUGGAAGGGCUGCAGGAAAAGAUUUAUGUGGCAGUGGUACUGAGAUGGGCUAAUCUGAAGAGGAAAGUAGGUAAAACUUAAGUAUAGAUAUAUGUUAUAUGAAUGAUAAUAAUCCUCUCGCAAAAAAAAGAAUGGUAAUAAUCAUGUAUGUGUUCCAUCUAGACCUUUCAUUUUUUACGGUUUGCUCUCUAUAUCCGAGAGUGUUGUAAGUCGUGAUGAAAGUAUAUUGUAUGAAUUGGUAUGUACAACAGUUGUGUUCUCCAUAUG